GUCGGCGCCGAUCAGACGGAAGGGGAGCAGCUCGCGGCACGUGCACGCGCAGCGGUGGCCCCCCGACUGACGCGCACCCACUACUCACCGUCAGCAUGGAGCGGAUCAAGAGCUGGGUGGUUGGCUUGGCGCGACAGGGGCGCCGUCAGAGGCAUUGCCCCGCCGAAACCACGCCGUGCACAAACGACCCGAGCCAAGCCAAGGCCCAACAGGAGUUGACAGAAAUUGCGCCACAAUCGAAGCCGGAUGGGGGCUACGGCUGGGUCAUCGUGUUCGCUUCGUUCUUGGCCCACGUGGUCAUAUAUGGCGUCUCGUGGUCAGUCGGUAUCUUCAACGUCAUCUUCUUGGCGGAGUUCCAGCAAUCAAAAACUGCCACCGCAUGGGUCGGCUCGUUAUUGAAUGCGAUGAUGUUUUCAUCAGGUGUGAUCUCGUCACCGCUGGUGCAGCGCUACGGCUGCCGGCCGGUGCUCCUCUCCGGCGGCGUUAUGGCCUCAGCUGGCAUCGCGCUCUCGGUGCUGGCUCAUCAGCAGCUGUACGUCCUCUACCUGACGUUUUCCCUGCUUGGUGGGAUCGGCCUCGGCCUGGCCUACAUCCCGACAGUGGUCAUCGUCAGCGAGUACUUCGAGCAGCGGCGGACCAUCGCGCUCGGCCUGGCUGUCUCUGGCGUCGGCCUCGGCGGCUUCGUCUUCCCGCCCGUCAUCAGGGCCCUGAUGGAGGUGUACACGUGGAGGAUGGUGUUGCUCAUCAUCGCGAGCAUCGUGCUGGGAACUCUGACUGUCUGUGGAGCCCUGAUGAAGCCCAUCGAGAAAAGGAAUGCCAGUGCCUUCCAGAAGGGUUACCUCAUCGAGCUAAAGGAGAACCUGGGAAUCAUGAAGUCAGUUCCAUUCUUGACGUUGUGCUCCAACAACUUCCUCUACUGCUUUGGCUUGGUGAUCGUGUACGUCCAUCUCGGUGCGCUGGCCAUCUCGUCAGGUCUCUUCAGCGAGACCAACUCGGGCCUGAUCUUCUCCAUCGUCGGCGUCUCCAACCUGGUGGGCCGGGUCCUGCACGGUGUGGUCUGUCAUUUCCCACGCAUGACCACCAUUCUCGUCUACAUGGUGUCCAGCGUGGGGUCCGGCAUCGCUACCCUGCUCAUGCCCGCCUCCAACAGCGUCAUCGCGCUCUGCGUGUGUGCCAGCGUGUUCGGCUUCUGCAGCUCAUGUCUGGGUGCCCUCCUUCCUGACAUCAUCAUCCGACUAGUGGGUGACCAGCGCCUCGGCAUUGGCUACGGCUUUCUCCUGCUGUUCGAAGGCGCCGGCUCUAUGCUAGGAGGACCCGUUGCCGGAAUGCUGUUCGACUACAUGUUGGUAUACGACUACAGCUUCUACCUGUCCGGCGUGCUACUGAUGGCCGCCGGGCUGGUGAUGGUGGUGCCCUGGCAGUACACCAGCCCGUGCGGCCGCGUCGGACGCGCCUACAGGGCAGAGCAGGCCGAGGACCGAGGCUCGGCGACGCAGGCGGAGCACGCGGAGCUGGUGCCCGUCUAGCGCGGCUCGAUGUGCCGGAGCAGACGGCGCUGAGGCCACGCGGGAGGCGAGGGCCGGCGCCGGCUCCGCGGUCCCAGCAGAGGGCGCGGGCGGCCCAGACCGCGAGCAGGCGGCGCCGCGGCACCGCGCAAGGAACGAUCGGUGUUACACUUAACCAGGCCCGCGCCCCCGGCUGCCCCUCUCGCCGCGUCGUCAGGCGUCCGACGUAGAGCGGCUCGGCCCAGGCCCGCGCCUCCGGCUGCCUCUCCUGCCGCUCAGCCAGGCGUGCGUCGUGGAGGUAGCUCGGUUCAGCGCUGCGCCUCGACUGGAUGACGCGACCCAGGUCAGCUGGACGCGCGAGGAGCUCGCGUAGGCAGGCUGGUCCUCGUGGUGCGCCGGUCUUGCGAGUGUGGCAGUGGCAGUGUGGCGAGUGUGGCAGUGUGGCAGUUUACUGAGCGUUUUGUGUCGUGGAAUGGUCGUCUUCGACUCUGAUAUGACAUUUGCAGUCCGAUGCAUCGUCGGAUAACGCGAACACUGCUAUGUGCGAGAUUGUCACAUGGUGCAGUGUCGUAGCUGUGUGCAGUGCCUGACUGAUAUGCACACACUCGUGCCUCAUAAUCCACAAACGCGGUAGGGAGCGAGCAUCAGGUCGUGUCCGUCACACGCGCCAGACCUCGCUUGACCACAGUUUAGGGUGCCUUCACUCGCGUCUUGUUAUCAGCAACGCGCCCUCGUGGUCCUUAUUUUUAUAAACUGGUGCCUUCGGAGCGUGAUGAUCCGUGGUGAGUGCCUGCGUGAGCGGAAUGCCUGUUCGUAACUAGCGUGUGAGUGUCGGACAGCGAACAUUUUUCACUGAUGACACAGGAAUAGGCUCACCGGCGGCGACUGGCUCUUUGUCGUCGGCCGCACCGGUGCGCACCAGUGGUAGUCAGCUGCUUAUACUGAGUGCAGUUGACGAGCUGGGCGGCGGCUUAUCGUAUCUUCGUCGCUGGCAAGCGUACCCAAUUCUGGAAAUGAAAGCUGCGCCGCACUAUAUUAAUUCAAUACCCAUGUUGCCUUCUUGCAAACACUGCGCUUCGUCUCUCAAGCUUUCAGAAAGAAAGUCUACCCCGGCGUGGGCAUCGCCCAAGCCGCAGCGCUACAUUCAAACAGGUACAGCAUUAGCACCGCAACCUUUGAGCCGAGAGCGAUGCAAUCUGUGUCAGCUGCCGGCCGUGGCAGACGGGCGCCAGGGCGUUUGGUAGGGCGCGCCACCUGUCGGGGAGGUGGGCGCCACCAAGUCUGUGCCGGCCGCAGCUGUAUGGUGGGAUGUGAGAGGCGGCGCCAGCUGACACUGUCGCUGAAUGGGUGCCCGCACCAAGGAAGGUGGCGUGUCUCGAGCACAAUCAUGUAAUCGCAAUCCGUGACAAUAAAGCAUA